AACAUGGCGCCUCGCAUCGUUUUCCACGUGUAGUCGCGUUCUGUGGCGGUGUAUGGCAGUUUCAAGCUUGCACAGUCGUGUGAUUGUGACCUGACACGUUUGAAAGUGCAGGAAACCCUGUUGGAAAGCGACGUCCAACAUCGAGACAACGCCCCAAGCGUAAACAACCGCGAUGAAGAAGCGUCUCUUCGUGGGCAACCUCGGUUCCUCUGUGACUGACGGUGAUCUUAGGGAGAAAUUCGCGAGGUUCGGUGAAGUCGAAAAUGUCGAGCUGCACACCAAGAAGGACGAGUCGGGAAAGCCUUUCAAGACUUUCGCUUACCUCGACUUGAACAUCGAUCAAGAGAACCUCGUGAACUGCAUUAAAACUUACAACAGUGCCAAAUGGAAAGGCACUGCCAUUGUUGUGCAAGUAGCCAAGGAAAGCUACAUUCAAAGGAUUCAGCGUGAAGCCAAGGCUCGUUCUGCCCAGGACACGGGCAACGCCCCCUCAGAUUCCGCAGAGCCAGCUCAUCUCAGAAGACCCGCUGAGAUCAAGAUUAAGAAGCCGGAUUGGGCAGAUAAAUCUUCUGCACGUUUCAAGCCAGAAAAGUCCGACUGGUCGGACAGAACCUCGGCACGCCUUAAAAAGGAAAUCUACAACGAGUCUGAUGGGGGCUCGUUGCAAGACAGCAGGGCGUCUCGAACACCCACCAUGGCACAUAAGACACCCAAAGGCGAGUUUGCCAACGAGAAAGCCUUUCUCUUUGAUGACAACGAGGAGCAGCCCGGCAGUGACAAGCCCGUGCCACAGUGUAAAGCAGACGUGGCCCUCUUGCGUCAUGCCUGGGGUUACCGCCUGGGUGCCGGCUACGACAAAGGCUACGGUGGUGGGGACGACGAUGACUUCGAGGUGGUCCCCAGCAGAGACCCCGAGCAGGAGCAAGAAGCCAAGCGACAGGCAGCCAAUGCCAAGCGGCUGGCAUCAGUCAAGCAGCGCUUCGCCGAGAGCGACAUGCAGCGGCGCCUGCUCCGGUCGGCACUGACAUCUGUGGACAACUCUGACCGCAAAAGGCGCAUCGUCUUCAAGGACAGCGAUGACGAUGAAGCAGAAGAAUCCUUUGCGACACCCUCUGUCGAGGCCCCUGCAGCGACGGAGCACAAGCUGACCCUCUUUGACGAUGAUGAUGAAGAGGCAGAGGAGGAAGGGGAAAGCCCCGACUACGACUUCAGGCUAAGGCCACAGUUCGAGGGCCACAAAGGUCACAAGGUACUGGAGCUGCAGUCCAAGUUUGGCACUGACGAGCGUUUCCGCAUGAGCGAGAAUUUCCUGGAGAGCGAUGAUGAUGAGUCUGGCAGUGUCAAAGGUGACCAAGCUGCCUUGGACGAAGAUUCCCUGGACCCCAGCAAAGAGCGUGCACGUAACCUGGACAUUCUCCAGGACGUCUUGGGGCCAGAGGCACCCAAGAUACGGCCCAAGGCCAUCUUCAAGGAUGCGACACAGCUGCGCUUUGACCCAACUAAGGAGAGUGCUGCCAAGUUUGAGAUCAAGCCAGAGUCCAGGGCAUCAAAGAGAAAGAAGAUGCGCGCAGAGGAGGAAAAUGCCGCAGCUGUGCCACAGGUGUCUGGCGAGCAGUUCUACGAAGUGACCACCGACCUGCAGGAUGCCCUGAAGAACCGGUCGUCAGGGUUCAGCCUCUCUCAGAUGUUCGCCGAACAGCUGCAAGACGACGACAUACAAGGCGAACCCUUUGGCAGCAGCAGUAGCAGUGAGGCCUCGGACGAUGAACAGACCAAAUAUCACAGCCGCGUCCAAGAGGUGAAAGGCAAGAAGGCUGGCCUCCAAGAUUUCUUUCGCACCGACACUGAUGCCGGCGAGGCUGCAGAUGCCCUUCCUUCUGCAGCACCUGGCGAGGCAGGCGAUGAUGAGGGUCCUAUGAGUGACGUGUUUCGAAGAAUGGACGACCACCGCUUCGCCACCGUUGUGGACCGGCCCCUGUUUUUCUUUGUGCCCGGUGAUCGCCGCCUUCUUGAGGGAGCCAAGUUCUUUAGGUGCCAGAGCGAUCCAGAGACAAUAAGGAACAACUUUUUUGAUAACAGGGUCGCCCUUAUCAAGCUUUUGCUGUCCAAGCGCAAGAUGGCCAAGAGGGCGCUUGAAAGGAAACUUGGAAAGAAGGUUGGCAGCCAGCAAUGGAGGCUUGGAAAACUAAAAAAAAAGUGAAAUGGAAUAAAGUAAGCCAACUGCA